AUGCUCUCCACUGCUUACAAAUUUGCUAAAAUGAUUGCCCAGGCGGGAUUAUCUUUAGGUGUUGUUGCUUUAAUUGGAUUGUACACAUAUCAGAAUAACUUGAUUUAUCCAGCCUCAUUGAAUGACGGACAUGGAUAUUGUGCGACCCCAGAUGAAUAUGACAUGCCGUAUGAAUUAAUCAAUUUGCCUACAGAAGAUGGUGAAUUAUUACAAUGCUACCUGUUGAAACAAGAUCCUCAUAAUCCAUCGUAUACCAAUAAAACAAUUUUAAUACUAUCUCCUAACGCAGGAAAUAUUGGUCAUGCCUUACCCAUUGUAUCUAUAUUUUAUAAGAAAUUUCGUUACAAUGUAUUUAUUUACAGCUAUAGAGGUUAUGGGAAAUCAACAGGUCGUCCAUCAGAGAAGGGACUAAAAAUGGAUGCCGAUAGAGUGAUCCAAUACUUGACAAAAGAAGAUAGCCAAUAUCAACAAUCUUCUAUUACAUUAUACGGAAGAUCUUUGGGUGGUGCAGUUGCGAUAUAUAUUGCUUCUGCUAAGUCAUCUUCUAUCCAUGCUAUGAUAUUAGAAAAUACGUUCUUGUCUAUUAGAAAGACGGUUCCACAUGUUUUCCCACUAUUAAAGUAUAUGACUGGAUUUGUGCACCAAACAUGGGAUCUGGAGAGUCUAGUACCUUUGAUCUCGCCCAAAAUUCCUGUGUUGUUGUUGUCGGCAAGAAAGGACGAAAUUGUACCUCCUCUGCAUAUGGAUCGAAUUUACGAAUUGCUCAAAAGUGAAAGCAAGGAAAUGCUUGAAUUUGAAGACUCAAAUCACAACGAUACUGUUAUACAAGAAGGAUACUGGGAUGAAGUACAUUCUUUUAUAAAAAAUAAGGUAAACCCUGUCGGGUUUUAA